UAAUGUAAAUGGAAAUCUCUGAACUUUUGAAAAUUGCAAAUGGAAAUGCUAUGCUAAUCUCUUAGCAAAGGCCGAAGCUCAUUUUUGAAUGCCCUUCUCUUUUCCUGGCAGAUAAUUACGAUAGUGGGUUGCCUUUACUUUCUUUUGCGUGAAAGAUGGUAUGGUGAUCAUGAAGUUUUAAUGAUGGUUAUUGAUGGGGUGUUUGCUAAAUUAAGCCAACCCCGACACAGUCACGUAAUAAAAUCAUUAUGUCCCAAGGAACUGUAGUCUGCCGCCUUCGGCUCGACGUAUUUAUUCACUGCUACAAGCCUAUGCGCCACCAGGCCGGCAAAAUAUAUUUAUAAUCACUUUAUAAUUUGGUUUUCUUCGUGGGUUCAACGAAAAAUAUUUUGCACGCUUGUCACUAGUUGAAGGGCGAUAAAGUGUCUUUUAAUUGAGGGCAUGUAUAAAGAAAAAAGUAUGUAAAUAAGAUAUGAUAAUAAAUUAUUAAUAUUUGUAAAGGAUAAUCUUAAGCAUACAUUUUUUAGUCGUCGUUUCCGCCAACUUAUUUCCAGCGCUAAAACUUUUUCGCAGUAAUCGAUGCUAAGAUAUCGAUAUUUAUUAUUGAUAUCGACAUUUCCAUUGUUUGAAGAAAUCGAAACGGGCUAUGGACGUGACAGGGACGUGAUACGGGCACUGCUCUUCAAAUGGUGUUUGCAUUUUUAUUUUGUUUUUUUCUGUUCAUGGCAUUAUAAAUUUGGGAAGUUGUGUGCUUGUAUUACCACGGAAAUAAUAACAUCAGUUUAAUUCGUUUUUGACAUGCUUUUGUUGGUUGUGCUGUAGUGUCUCCCUUUCCCCUAGAAUGGGUUGUUACUUUCAUAAAGCAAGAUUUGACAGCCGCAAGGCAGAUAAUUCAGAAAAGAAAGAAUAUUCAUGGGACAAACGAUGCAAAGUUAACAGUUCUGAUUACCUAGUUCAAGAUAUUAUUGAUAGCGAAGUUGUUAGAUUACCAGGAUCUGUGAAUGGGCAGCAGUUUAUUAUACAAAACUGCAAAAAUUCUACGUUUUAUAUUUUGGACCAUAUGAAUGCUGUGGUAAUUGAUGAUUGCCUUGAUUGUAAAAUUGUAUUGGGAGCUGUUAAAGGAAGUGUUUUCUUACGAGAUUGCAAAGAAUGUGUUUGUAUUGUGGCUUGUGGGCAAUUUCGUGCUCGGGAUUGUAGGAAAUUGGAUAUUUUUUUAUGCUGUCCCACUAGACCUGUACUUGAGUCAUCUGGAAGCAUUCAUUUUGGAUGUUAUCAACUGUUUUAUUCAGGACUUGAAGAUCAUUUUUCUAAAACCAACUUAAGUGCUUUUAAUAAUGAGUGGAGUAACAUUCAUGACUUCACUCCUAUUGAUGGUGAAGAUAAUUGGUGUCUUUUACCUGAUACCUUAAGUAUAAAUGAUUACAUCUCAACUCCAGAGUCAGAAAAGACAGCACAAUUAGGGUUAACAUUUUCUGCUGAGAAAAGUGUAGUACCCCAUACAUGGGGACCGCACAAAAUAAUUUCUGGGCAGGUGUGCCUAGUAAUAUUUUUCUAUGAUGGACACCAAAGUUUGCGAGUCAACAAAUUUAUAAACAAAAUGAAGAUGGACAAUCCUGAAUGUUUGCUGUUACUGAGUAAAGAGAAACAGAUGUCAUCUAGAGAUGCAGAACUUGUGUUCAAGUCAAGUGCCUAUAAUAAUGUUGUUACUGAUGGCCAUGUUGUUGGUUUGCAAUUCUGUGGACCAAAUUGUAUUCAGGUGUGUGAGAAGAUUAUAUCACGUUUAAACAAAGGAGAAUCAGAUUUAAUCCAUAUCACAACAAAUGUUACAACAUCUCAUCAACAAGCUGAUUUGUUUUUUAAUGCCAGUAUGAAUGCAAUCUGUUCCUGAAUUGACAAAAGUUGGAGAAAAACUCUUGAUUGGCAUGCUGCACUCUGUGCUGUAUCAUCUAUUCACUAAAUGUAUCUAUCUUGUCAAUUUGUUGCAACGAUGAAAAUUUCUUUUUAAUCUGAAAAUGGUGCUUAUUUGGUGGAAUGUCCUCCGAACUCAACUUACAUAAGGAAUCUCUAGUCAACUUUUUAUUUUUUUAUAAUUUAUUUGUAAUAAUAACUGAAUGUUGCUUCUUUUGUGGAUUUUAAAAUGUUGAAAAAUCAAUAUCUGAAUGUUAUAAAUAAGUGACAUCUCAAAGAACAUAAAGCAAUGAAAAUCUUACAAAAGGAAUAUGACUGAAACACUUGGCAUACUGCUAAUGUUUGUCAUUACAUUUUUAAAUAAUUACAAUUUUUUAAAAUGUGUAAAGCUUGAAAACAAAGAAUAUCAAUUAUUUUAAGUGAUUAUUUGCCUUCUGUAUGGCUAUUAAUUGAUUGAUAAAAAAGUACAUGUUUAUGAUAUUCCUUAUAUAAAAACCACAUAAAUAAUAUAAAUCUACAUUGAUGAAAUUAGCAGAAUCAUAAGUGAAAAGUAUAUGCAUUAAAGAAGACUCAGGGCAAGGUGUCUUAAUACUACAUUUUAAAAUUGUAUAUAUACUAGGCAAGGUUUCUGUAAAGAAAUGUGGUGAAAACUUGUCAAUUUUGUUGAGAAUUUGGACCGAGUUGUGAUUGUAUUAUAUCAUUUCAUUGAAGUAAGGUGUCAUUCUGUUGCAAUUAUUGUACUAUUAUAUAAAACAUUUUAGAGACACUUCAGUUUUAGAAUUGAAUUUAUUACAUCACUAUGUAAGAUAUGAAUCUGUUCAUUUUUUGCCAUAUAAUAUUUAGGUUAUAGAAUUUGAUACACAAAUCAAAAUCAGUAUUUUUCAAUGCAAGGAAUAUUUGUUUAAAUCUAUAUUUUUAACUGAAUCGCAAAUUUACGUUUUUUGUUUCCUUAGCACAUAGACUGACAAAAUAAAUUAUUUUC